AUGGCUACUCAAUCUAGUACAAUAUUUUCUGAGGCCGACUUCAAGCUCGUUGGCGAUGCUUAUGGCCUUUCUCCGAAUGAAGGAGUUGAGUUUCCCUCGCCUGAUUUGCUGAUGUUAUCUCCUCCCCCAGGCAAGGUGGGUGUCUACCUGAAAACCCUUGAUGCUGGUAUGUGUCUUCCUCGUCAUUUUCAAGAGGUGAUUUUGCAGAAAAAUGGGUGUAGCAUCCAAAUACUCACUCCAAUUGCUAUCAACAAAGUAUUGGUGUUUGAGACGAUCUGUCGAGACAAUGUGAUGCUUCUCGAUUACUGA